UAGUCUAGUCGUGUUAUUUAAGUAUUAAUUACGUCACUGAGCAACAGGCUUGAGCAACGCCCAUAUUCAAAUUGUUUCUUUGCCAACAAAAGCCGUCUGUUCUGAGCAGAGGUCAACAUUUCUCCUGGACCUGUCCACUACCGAACCAUUCAUCUGAGCUGAUGUGACCAGAUACGUGGCUCUUUGAAAACAAAAUUAAACCCAAACUGUUCAUCCUUUGACCAAGCAGAUAUGAAGCUGAUCCUUUUCCUUCUCGUUCUGUUGGGCAAGUGUUGUUUCAUGGACUGUCAGUUCUAUCAGUAUCUCUACAUUAAUCAGAAUAAGAACUGGACUGAAGCUCAGCAGUACUGCAGACAGAAACACACUGACCUGGCCACAGUGACUAACAUGAAGGACAUGGAGAGACUCAACAGUAUCUCAGCUGGAUAUCAGAGGGAAGCUUGGAUUGGUCUGUAUGAUCAAACAAAUGGCAUCAGAAAAUGGUACUGGUCUCUGCCUGGAGUGGAGUUCAAUGAAAGUGAGACAAAGUGGAACCCAGGAGAACCAAAUGAUUAUCAGACUGAAAACUGUGGGUGUAUUUCAAAAGAUCUAAAGUGGAACGACAUCUCUUGCAACCAGGAGAAGUACUUUCUCUGCUAUAAUGAAACAAAAACUUCAGAUAAAAUCUAUCUGAUAAAGGAAACUAAGAGCUGGCUGGAAGCUCAGAGUUACUGCAGAAAGGAGCACACAGACCUGGUCAGUGGACUGAACCAGUUGAAUCAUGGACAACUGAAGAAUGUAUUGACAAACAACUGGGUCGGCGAACAUCAAUAUGUGUUUAUGGAUCUGUUCAGAGACACCUGGAGGUGGUCAGAUGGAACCAGUUUCUCUUUCAGACACUGGAAUCUGAAGUUUAAUGAUGAACAAGACAACAGUGGUCAAUGUGCCCUGGUUGAAUUCAGUGAUGAAGGCAGUUGGAGGAAUGAGAAAUGUACUGAAAGAAAACCUUUCAUCUGUUAUGAUGAUAAACUGAUCCUGGUAACAGAAAGUAAAACCUGGGAGGAAGCCUUGAACUACUGCAGAGAGAAACACCAUGACCUGGUCACCAUCACCAACAUGGAUGAUCAGAGAUGGAUCCAGGAGAAAGUCAAGGUGGCAUCGACUGAUUUUGUCUGGACGGGUCUGAGCUACGCCUGCACUCUGGAUUUGUGGUUCUGGGUCAGUGAUGAAGUGGUCAGCUAUAAGAACUGGGCCGAAGGUGAACCGAUGGACGACUGUGACAUGUCUGGAGCCAUGGAAACGAGAGGAAAACAUCAGUGGAGGAAGAAAAAUGAUACAGAGACGUUUAACUUCAUCUGUUCUAAACAUACUCAAGGAUAAUAAGUGAUGUUUUCUUCACCACUUAUUCUCAUAUUCUUGUUUAUAAAAGCUGAUAUAAGUAGAAAAGGAAUUGAUUUCACAUUGUAGGUUAUGUUGUUUGGAUUUUGUUCUGUUUUACAUCAUAUGAAUAUGUAUCAUGUAAUUAUGUUUUUUUAAAGCACAUAUAACUUGUUUUAAAUUUAAUCUAAUAAUAUUCAUGUUUAUAUUCUUAAGCUGUCCAGAUUAUCCACCUGUUUAAUUGAUCACUCUAUUAAACUAUUACAUUACUGUAUGUAUCAAAGCAAAAUAAAAUAAAAAAACACUAAAGUAGAACCAAAAUAUCUACUGAUUUAUUUAUUAAUUAGAUUUAAGAUUUAUUUUUCCUUCAUCCAUGAUCAUAAUUUUAAUUUCAACUGGUGGACAGCAGAUAGAAGUUAUUGCUGCAUACAUGAGGUUACCACAAAACUAAAAGCAGU